GUCGCUAGGGACCGACUCACUCACUGACUUGUGGGUCUUUACCUGUCAGUGCUGUUCGUGUAUACAUCGACUCUCUCGCCUGCGCCCCGGGCGAUCGAUCGAUUAACGCAGGCUAGAGAGACGGUCGUCUUCUCCGUCUCCGGCCAUGUCCGCGCCCGAUGGCUCCGGGCCGGAGCCGGUGGUGAUGCUCCACGGCGACCUCGACCUGACCAUCCACGAGGCGCGGGGGCUCCCCAACAUGGACGUCCUCUCCACCCUCCUCCGCCGCCUCUGCCUCUUCCGCCCUCCCCGCCGCAGCAGCCGUCCUCUUCCGCCCCGCUCCGUCUCCGCCUCCGACGAAGAAGACAACCCAAGCACAAGCAGCUCCCACCACCACCGCCACCACCACCUCCAUCGCCGGCGUCCGCGGCGCCCGAAGCAGCCGCACGGGCCGCGGCACCUGCUCCCGACCUCGGACCCCUACGCCGUCCUCCUCAUCCCGCCGGCCACCGUCCUCGCCCGCACCCACGUCGUCCGCAACGCCGACCGCCCGGUCUGGUCCGCCCGCAUCCGCGUCCCGCUCGCCCACGCCGCCUCCCGCAUCGUCUUCAAUGUCCGCGACGCCGACCCCUUCGGCUCCGACCUCAUCGCCGCCGCCUCCCUCCCCGCCUCCGACCUCCUCUCCGGGACCCCCAUCGUCUCCCGCUGGCUCGACCUCCUCCGCCCCGACGGCCGCGGCGGGAAGCCCAAGCCCGACUCCGCCAUCCGCAUCUCCGCCUCCUUCACCCCCGCCUACUCGAGCUUGUCCCGCGGCGGCGGGAUCAUUCCGGCGUAUUUCCCGGAGAGGAGAGGCUGCGAGGUGAAGCUGUACCAGGACGCGCAUGGCGGGGCGGCCAAGGGCGGGUGCUGGGAGGACGUGUGCAUGGCGGUGCUGGGCGCGCAGAGCCUGGUGUACGUGGCCGGGUGGGCGGUGGGGGCCAGGGUGAGGCUGGCCAGGAAGGGGGAGAUGUCGCCGGAGAUGGAGGAGAAGGCGGCGGAGGUCAUGGCGCUCAGCUCCGCCGCCGGCGGCGGCGGGGGGGACGAGGCGGCGUCGCCGGAGCUGGGGGAGAUGACUCUGGGGGACCUUCUCAAGUACAAGUCCCAGGAGGGCGUCCGCGUCUGCCUCCUCGUCUGGGACGACAAGACCUCUCACGACAAAUUCUUCCUCAAAACAGGGGGGGUGAUGGGCACGGGGGACGAGGACACGAAGAAGUUCUUCAAGCACUCGACGGUGAUGUGCGUGCUCUCGCCGCGGUACCCGAGCAGCAAGCUGAGCAUGGCGAAGCAGAAGCUGGUGGGCACGCUGUACACGCACCACCAGAAGCUCGUGCUCGUCGACACGCCGGCGUCGGACACGACGCGCCGCGUCACGGCAUUCCUCGGCGGACUCGACCUCGCCGCCGGCCGCUACGACACGCCCGCGCACCGCCUCUUCGCGGGCCUCGGCACCGUCUUCCGCGGCGACGUCCGCAACCCCACCCUCGGCCUCGGCUCGGGCUCCGGCGGCGGCGAGACGGCGGGUCCGAGGAUGCCGUGGCACGACCUGCACUGCCGCGUCGAUGGCGCCGCCGCGUACGAUGUCCUGGCGAACUUCGAGCAGCGGUGGCGGAAGGCCACGAGGCUUAAUGACGCGUUAGGAAGGAAGCGCUGGAUGGACGACGCCCUCCUCCGGCUCCACCGCAUCCCGUGGAUCCUCAGCCCUAACAAUGUCGCCGGAGCCGGAGAAGACGACCCCGCCCUGCGCGUGUUCCCGGAGGACGACGACCCGCGACAAUGGCACGCGCAGAUCUUCCGCUCCAUCGACUCCGGCUCCGUCAAAGGCUUCCCGCGCUCCUGGGAGACGCAAGAAAUGGCGGAGCGGAACCUGCAGUGCGACAAGAACGUGGCGGUGGAGGCGAGCAUCCACGCGGCGUACGUGGCGGCGAUCCGGCGAGCACGGCGGUUCGUCUACAUCGAGAACCAGUACUUCAUCGGCUCCUCCUACGCGUGGCCGGAGUCCUACUACCGGAGCUCCGCGGCGGGGAACCUGGUGCCCAUGGAGAUCGCGCUCAAGGUCGCGAGCAAGAUAUACGCCGGCGAGGACUUCGCGGCCUACGUCGUGCUGCCCAUGUUCCCCGAGGGCGGGUCGCCGGCGUCGGGCCCCGCGCAGGAGAUCCUCUUCUGGCAGGCGCAGACCAUGCGGGCCAUGUACAACAUCGUCGCCGACGCCAUUGCCACCGCCGCGGGGAGUAGCAAGCUCGCUGGCAGCAGAAGAGCGCACCCGCAGGAUUACCUCAACUUCUACUGCCUCGGGAACCGCGAGCCGCUGGGCGGCGGCGACAAUGGUGCUUCGCGGGCCAGGCCGGCGCCGGAGACGACGAGAUGGGGCACGACGACUAGCAGCAGCUCGGCGCCGUCGGCGUCGGUGGCGACGGCGACGGCGUUGGAGAGCGCGAGGAGGAACAGGAGGUUCAUGGUGUACGUGCACUCCAAGGGGAUGAUCGUGGACGACGAGUACGUGCUCCUCGGCUCCGCCAACAUCAACCAGCGCUCCCUCGCCGGCUCCCGCGACACGGAGAUCGCCGUCGGCGCCUACCAGCCGCACCACUCCGGCAACUCCCCUCGCGGGGAGGUGUACAGGUACAGGAAGUCGCUGUGGGAGGAGCACCUGGGCGCGGCGGCAAUGGCGGCGGCGGCGGUGGAGUCGCCGGAGAAGGAGGAGUGCGUGCGGAUGGUGAACCGGACGGCGCGGGAGAAUUGGGAGAGGUACGCGGCGGAGGAGGCGACGGCGGAGAUGCCGAUGCGGGGGCAUCUGAUGAGGUACCCCGUGGAGGUGGGCGCCGACGGGAGCGUCGGCCCGCUGCAGGGGCACGAGUUCUUCCCCGACGUCGGCGGCCGGGUGCUCGGGUCCACCAACAAGCUCCCGGAUGAUCUCACCAUGUAAAAAAAAAAUUUUACUACGAGGAUAAAUCUAGUGCUCGGUACUUAGCCAGCCGACGUCUCGACCCAGAUACAUUUAUAUUUCGGUAAAUUUGAGUCUCGAACGAGGAAUAGAAUAUCCUUAUAAAUUUGAGUCACUUGGAGGAGGAGUAGAAUAUCCCUAAUAAUAAAAGCAGGAAGGUUUCCUU